AUGGAUAGAGAGACAGAAAUGAAAUCGUGUUCAAUUUCCGUCGCUGCAGCUAAUCGUCGAGAAAUAACGCGCAAGCUGGCGACUGAAAAGGUCCAUGUCUACCACGAGAGGCAAAAACUGCAGUUUUGCCUCUUACACUCCCUUAACAAUCUCUUCCAGCAAAAAGAAGCUUUUACUAGAGCAAGCUUGAAUUCUAUUGCGGAGAAACUUGUUCAUGACGAUCCUACCAAGGAAAGCUGGACACCAUUAGCUUUACUCUCGAGGCCUCAUCACAACACAAUCACUGGGAAUUAUGAUAUAAAUGUCCUGAUGGUCGCACUUGAAGGGAAAGGGAAGAGUGUAGUUUGGCAUGAUCGUCGCAAUGGAGCUUCUUCAAUUGAUCUUGAUGGGCCAGAGAAUAAUUUGAUGGGUAUUGUUCUUAAUAUUCCGGUCAAAAGGUAUGCUGGGCUUUGGAGAAGUAGGCAUUGGAUUGCACUGAGAAGGAUUGAUGGGGUUUGGUAUAAUUUGGACAGUGACCUUGGUGCUCCUCAAUCUUUCAAAGACAGUGAAGAAGUUAGGGGAUUCUUAAAUUACAUCAUUGAUCAUGGAGGUGAGAUUCUACUUGUCAUGAAUAUUACGCAGUGAGCUAUUGAAGAACUCCCAUUGUAUGUUUAAUGUUUAUACCAAAAUCUUUCUGUACUUGUACUUGAAUUACACUUUGGUGGUACUUAAACUUGUUUUGUUCAAAUGAAACCAAAAAAUGCUGCUAGGCCUAGGGUUUUUAUCAUGUAGCAAACUGUUGCAAGAGAUCAAUAUUGCUGCUGUUUGCUAGAAAAUUUUGAAAAGAUGUUCAUCCUUGAGGUUUGAGACGCUCUGGAACUGGCAGUAAAAUAAUUGUUCAAGGAGUAGAUGGUCAAUGAUAGUAAAAUAAGAUGUUUUGGAUGUCUCUUAUGUUAUCCUUUCAAUCUCUGUAAGGGGUUGUUUGACGUACGUACAAAUUAAUCCCAUAUAUAUAGUAUACACAUAUAUGUAAUUAUGUAUAUUUUCUCUUUUCUUUUUUCUGUUCAA